AUGAAGCUGAUCGUGCCCAAGCAGCACUCUUUUCCAUGGUUUGGAAUGGAUAUCGGUGGAACGUUGGUUAAACUGGUCUACUUUGAACCUAAGGACAUUACUGCAGAAGAGGAACAAGAGGAGGUGGAAAACCUGAAAAGCAUUAGGAAAUACUUGACCUCCAAUACAGCUUAUGGUAAAACUGGCAUUCGCGAUGUCCAUCUGGAACUGAAAAAUUUGACUAUGUGUGGACGCAAAGGAAACCUGCAUUUCAUCCGCUUUCCCAGCUGUGCCAUGCACAGGUUCAUACAGAUGGGUAGUGAAAAGAACUUCUCCAGUUUGCACACUACGCUCUGUGCCACAGGAGGUGGAGCUUACAAGUUUGAGGAGGACUUUAGAACGAUUGCUGAUCUGCAACUCCAUAAACUGGAUGAAUUGGACUGUUUGAUCCAGGGCCUCCUUUAUGUUGAUUCUGUUGGUUUCAAUGGCCAACCAGAGUGCUAUUAUUUUGAAAAUCCUACAGAUCCUGAACAGUGCCAGAAAAAGCCUUACUGCCUUGAUAAUCCGUAUCCUAUGCUGCUGGUUAACAUAGGCUCAGGGGUCAGCAUCCUCGCUGUGUAUUCCAAGGACAACUAUAAGAGAGUCACGGGAACCAGUCUUGGAGGAGGAACGUUCCUGGGCCUGUGCUGUCUGCUGACUGGCUGCGAGACGUUUGAAGAAGCACUAGAAAUGGCUGCAAAAGGAGACAGCACCAAUGUGGAUAAGCUGGUGAAAGAUAUUUACGGAGGAGACUAUGAGCGGUUUGGCCUUCAGGGGUCUGCUGUAGCCUCAAGCUUUGGCCAUAUGAUGAGUAAAGAAAAGAGAGAUUCCAUCAGUAAAGAGGACUUGGCCAGAGCUACUUUGGUCACCAUCACCAACAACAUAGGUUCUAUUGCUCGCAUGUGUGCAUUGAAUGAGAACAUCGACAAGGUGGUAUUUGUUGGCAACUUUCUCAGAAUUAAUAUGAUUUCUAUGAAGGUGCUAGCAUAUGCUAUGGAUUAUUGGUCCAAGGGACAGCUGAAAGCUCUGUUUUUGGAACAUGAGGGUUAUUUUGGAGCUGUUGGGGCUCUUCUAGAAUUGCUUAAAAUGACAGAUGAUCAGUGAUGAAGCUGUCUGAAGAGAUUCCUACUGCAGAUGCUGCUGGAUAAGAGUGAAAGCCACUACAAGGAUGGAAAUGAAGCCAUUAUGGUAGUUCUACCUGCUGGAUUUGUAAAUAAUUUAAAAUCCUUUUAGCUGAUCUUUAACUUCUGGGUUUUGAGCUUAUAAUUCAGAAUUCAUACUGGGAAUAACGAGAUUUUUUUUUUCUGUACACUGUAUUUUUUAGGGGAAAAAUGUGCAAAGUGGCCAAACAUACAGAUUUUAUGGAUUUAUUUUAAAAAGUGGAUACUGUUUAAUGUAGGACCUGUAAUAUGAGGCAUCUGCUUUUCUUCUGGGGUUUACUGAUUAGUGUGGUAAUUUUAACUUCAUUUAGUAAUCACUCUAGGAGAUUUUUUUAUCUUAUUUUCAUGACGUUUCAUGAUUUGUUCUUGGUUUCAAAUGAAACUACAAAGCUGAUGCAUUUUACUGUGAAAACUAGUAAUUGAUUUAUUUUUUUUUUUGCCUUUCCUUUCCACAUUAGAUGAGACACUUUUUUAUUUAACAUCCCCCUGCCCCU